AUGGAAUCGAAUGGUGCUAGUGUUGAGAACAACCGCUGGAACGAAGAAAACAUAAACAUGAAAGUAUCAGACUCACAGCCCACACUGAUUCGACUCUAUAACAGACUGUGUACUGGACAGCUGGGCAUUGCUGUGAAGGUGGCAGCAUUUGUUACUGUGGUAGUAGUGAUAUUCCUACUUGGAUACGUCACAGGAUACUACGUUCACCGAUGCUGA